UGAGCCUGCUUAUGCAAAGUUCUGAUCUUAAAAUUUCGUGUUUGUUGUUUUGCUCACGCAGUUCAGGUCGAGCAUAGCAGAAUGCAGAGGUUAUGUGAUUGUGUUAUUUGAAAUGGGUAACAAAGCAUCCAUAUGUGAUGAAGUAACUGCAGCUUAUCAAGCUGCUCUUGACAACGGUUCUGAUCUGCUUGAUUUGCUUAAGGAGGUGAACACCGAAUUAAGAAAAGCCGCUCUGAAAACAAAAAUCAAAGAUGGCGACGACCAUGCUACUAUUCUCAUCAUCGCUGCUCGUGAUGGAAAACUGGAUAUUGUGAAGGUUCUUUUACGCUAUGAAGCAAAUGUCGAGGCCCGUGGAACGAUUAAGUUUGACUGAAAAGUUAUAGAGGAUUGUACAGCUUUGUGGGUCGCUGCUGCUAAAGGUCAUUUUGAUGUUGUGAGACUCUUGAUAAAACAAAACGCCGAAGUCGACGGCAGAACAUCGAGUAAUUCGACUCCGUUGAGAGCUGCUGCCCUUCAUGGACACCUUGAUAUUGUGCGCUGUUUGGUUGAGAACGGGCCGAUGUAAAUGCACGCACUAAUUUCGGU